AUGGCUGAUAGUGAUCAUGAGGCAGUUGGGAGGGCGUUUAUGUGGAACCAGUGGAUGCCGAUUAAGGUAAAUUUUUUGGUAUGGAGGCUGAAUUUAGAUUCACUUCCCACAAGAGUGUCUCUUGGGAAAAGGGGUGUUAAUGUACUGUCGUUGAGUUGUGAGCUAUGUCAAGAUGAGGAGGAUUCAACAGACCAUGUUUUCGCAUCUUGUCGGUUUUCACAAAGGGUUUGGGAAGGGAUAGCAAGGUGGUGUAAACUGUCACCAUUAUUCUUCUAUGGCGUGGAGGAUCUGGUACACUACCAUGAGCAAACACGUGGGUCAAAAGUAUGGAAACAGCUGAUAUAUUCCAUCUUUCAGGCGACAAUUUGGUGCAUCUGGGCGAGUCGUAAUAAUGCGGUGUUCGAUCGGAAGAGGAGUUCGCCGGAUAGACUGGUGGAGGAGGUAAAAGUGUUGAGCUUCUUAUGGGUAAAACAUCGGUCAAAAGCGACGGCUUUAGGGAAAAUUGGUGCACGUUUGAUGUAA